CAGAGAGGAACGAAAGUGCCAGAGAAGGAACACAGCUUUCAAUGACAGAUGUUGAACAGUUUCGCCUGGAUAAAGUGAUUGUUUUUGGACAAAUACGUUACUAUUUCUAACAGGCAAUUGUCUUACAAAAAGAAUAAACGUGUGAGGAAGGGAAUGGUGAAGAUGUCCUCAAGAACAGAAAGACAAUCAACUUGUUGACAGUCAGUCGAGUGUUGAACUAUAUGAAAACAGACAGAUCGCUCAGAGAACGACAAGGAGACAACAACUACCAAUAACAUUUCCCACACAUUUUGAACAUUCAAAUACUGUGGUAUUACGAGCAUUUUAGAUAACUAGUUGUGAACUUUUGCAGAGCUUUCGGACUUAAGUCGGCUGUCUCUCAGAUAGCAGCUAGCUAUGUUUCCUCUAGAUUCUACGUGGAACAUUUCCUUUGCAGGUUGCGGUUUCUUGGGGAUCUAUCAUAUCGGUGUAGCGAGUUGUCUACUGGAACAAUGUCCUUUUCUAGUCCACAACGCCCGCCACAUCUACGGCGCAUCGGCAGGGGCGCUCACCGCAUCUGCGCUGGUCACCGGAGCGUGUUUAGGUGAGGCAGGUGCCAACAUCAUUGAUGUGGCUAAGGAUGCCCGGAAGCGUUUCCUAGGACCCAUGCACCCAUCCUUCAACCUGGUCAAGAUCAUGCGUAACAUGCUGUAUAAAACCUUGCCACCCGAUGCCCACCACAGUGCCACGGGAAGGCUGGGCAUUUCACUGACCAGGGUGACCGACGGAGAGAACGUCUUGGUGUCCCACUUCAAUAGCAAGGAGGAGCUGGUGCAGGCCUGUGUCUGCAGUGCCUACAUCCCUGUGUACUGUGGACUGAUCCCCCCUACACUACAGGGUGUGCGUUACGUGGACGGUGGUAUCAGUGAUAAUCUGCCUCAGUAUGAGCUAAAGAACACCAUCACUGUGUCUCCGUUCUCUGGAGAGAGUGACAUCUGUCCUAGAGAUAGAUCCACCAACAUGCAUGAACUACGAUUCACCAACACCUCCAUCCAGUUUACACUCACCAACCUCUACAGAGUGUCCAGAGCUCUGUUCCCCCCUGAGCCACAGGUUAUGAAGACCAUGUGUAAACAGGGGUAUAAAGACGCUCUCCACUUCCUGAAGAAGAACGGACUUCUGAAUCACCCAGGACCCCACAGACCUCUGAUAGCUGACGGUGAGGAUGAGGAAGAUGACAUCAUGAAUGAUGAUGAUGAUGAUGACGAAGAGCACGAGGAGCAUCAUGUAGAGAACGAGAUCAGACCCAGCGAGGAUGGGGUAGUGGUAAACCCCUCCCAAUCCAAAUCCGCCGUUGAGGAUCACAUCUUCGAGCAUCUGCCACCCAGACUACACAAAGCUUUGGUGGAAGCCUGCAAGGAGAGAUACAGUCUGGUCCAGUCGCUAAGCAACCUGCUGCCAGUCAGGAUGAUGACGACUAUGAUGCUUCCCUACACCCUCCCCCUGGAGUCUGCUCUGUCCAUGACUGUUAGACUGUUAGAAUGGCUGCCUGAUGUGCAGGAGGACGUAGGAUGGAUUGGAGAACAAACGAUGAAGAUGCUACAGUGUGCUGUGGCACGGGCCACCAAGACUGUGUCCAACAGGGUCUCUGCAAAGUUUUCCUACCAAUUCGAGCUGCGUCACUGCCAGUCGCUGCCUGCCCAGCUCAUCCCUUCCAGCCUGCUCCCAAGAUGGGUGAGUGGAGGCAGCUCCUCUAUCCUGGAUGUUAUCAGUCGUUUGGACCAGUACCAGAGGCAGCUGCUGCCGGGAUUCUUCUGUGUUAACCUGGACCUCCAGGGUUCCUUCUACACCGGGGGGCCCACGGGAAGGAGCCCAGUCCCAGGAGGGUCCACCAGACCUGGGGAAGGAGGACCAGCCCUGGCCCUUACAUCCCCCAUCAUAAACCCAGAGGAGGUAGAGGGGAUGGGGCUGAUGAUGAGGAGGCUGAGUGAAAACCACAACUCUACUGUGGCUCUUCCCGCCUCACUAUAGUAAUAUAAUGUCAUUCAGGAGACACUGAGGGCCCCAUUUAGUAUUACAGACAGAUUCUAAUAACAAGCCAGGUAGACAGGUAUAACAGGUAUAAGAGCCAGGUAGACACCUUCAAAUAAAAAGGGACAGUAUACCAACAUGUCUUGUCUCAUCAUCGAUGACACAGUGCCUUGUUCGAACAUUUUAUUCACUCACUUCCUCAUUGGGAUGCCGAGGAUACCAUGGAACCUACAGGAAACCGUUGAUCUGCAUCGUGUCAAUGUGACUUACAAGACAUUUAAAAACAACUUAUAUAUUAAAGUCAUUAAGAUGACUGUUGAUACCAAUCAUGUUCAAGAACUAGGGAUGUUACCGAUGAACCGUUUAACCGAUUAGCUCGCACCGAAAAUACAUUUCACCUGGGUCAUGCUUAUCGUUCUAUUAGGUUCAUUUCAAUCAUUUUGUGGAAUUAAAAUUGCCACGUGUGUAUUUCAGUUAGUCAUCGUGCAUUUUAUUUGUCACAUGUGCACAUCAUACAGAGACUAGUUAGAGGACUAUCACCUGUCAGACAGAGACUAGUUAGAGGAAUAUCACCUGUCAGACAGAGACUAGUUAGAGGAAUAUCACCUGUCAGACAGAGACUAGUUAGAGGAAUAUCACCUGUCAGACAGAGACUAGUUAGAGGAAUAUCACCUGUCAGACAGAGACUAGUUAGAGGAAUAUCACCUGUCAGACAGAGACUAGUUAGAUGAAUACCACCUGUCAGACAGAGACUAGUUAGAUGAAUAUCACCUGUCAGACAGAGACUAGUUAGAGGAGAGGAAUAUCACCUGUCAGACAGAGACUAGUUAGAGGAAUAUCACCUGUCAGACAGAGACUAGUUAGAUUAAUAUCACCUGUCAGACAGAGACUAGUUAGAGGAAUACCACCUGUCAGACAGAGACUAGUUAGAUGAAUAUCACCUGUCAGACAGAGACUAGUUAGAGGAGAGGAAUAUCACCUGUCAGACAGAGACUAGUUAGAGGAAUAUCACCUGUCAGACAGAGACUAGUUAGAUGUAUAUCACCUGUCAGACAGAGACUAGUUAGAGGAGAGGAAUAUCACCUGUCAGACAGAGACUAGUUAGAUGAAUACCACCUGUCAGACAGAGACUAGUUAGAUGAAUAUCACCUGUCAGACAGAGACUAGUUAGAUUAAUAUCACCUGUCAGACAGAGACUAGUUAGAUGAAUAUCACCUGUCAGACAGAGACUAGUUAGAUGAAUAUCACCUGUCAGACAGAGACUAGUUAGAGGAAUAUCACCUGUCAGACAGAGACUAGUUAGAGGAGAGGAAUAUCACCUGUCAGACAGAGACUAGUUAGAUUAAUAUCACCUGUCAGACAGAGACUAGUUAGAUGAAUAUCACCUGUCAGACAGAGACUAGUUAGAUGAAUAUCACCUGUCAGACAGAGACUAGUUAGAUGAAUAUCACCUGUCAGACAGAGACUAGUUAGAUGAAUAUCACCUGUCAGACAGAGACUAGUUAGAUGAAUAUCACCUGUCAGACAGAGACUAGUUAGAUGAAUAUCACCUGUCAGACAGAGACUAGUUAGAUGAAUGCCACCUGUCAGACAGAGACUAGUUAGAGGAGAGGAAUAUCACCUGUCAGACAGAGACUAGUUAGAGGAGAGGAAUAUCACCUGUCAGACAGAGACUAGUUAGAGGAAUAUCACCUGUCAGACAGAGACUAGUUAGAGGAAUAUCACCUGUCAGACAGAGACUAGUUAGAUGAAUAUCACCUGUCAGACAGAGACUAGUUAGAGGAAUAUCACCUGUCAGACAGAGACUAGUUAGAUGAAUACCACCUGUCAGACAGAGACUAGUUAGAGGAAUAUCACCUGUCAGACAGCAUACAGAGACUAGUUAGAUGAAUAUCACCUGUCAGACAGAGACUAGUUAGAGGAGAGGAAUAUCACCUGUCAGACAGAGACUAGUUAGAUGUAUAUCACCUGUCAGACAGAGACUAGUUAGAGGAGAGGAAUAUCACCUGUCAGACAGAGACUAGUUAGAGGAGAGGAAUAUCACCUGUCAGACAGAGACUAGUUAGAUGAAUACCACCUGUCAGACAGAGACUAGUUAGAGGAGAGGAAUAUCACCUGUCAGACAGAGACUAGUUAGAGGAAUAUCACCUGUCAGACAGACUAGUUAGAUUAAUACCACCUGUCAGACAGAGACUAGUUAGAGGAGAGGAAUAUCACCUGUCAGACAGAGACUAGUUAGAGGAGAGGAAUAUCACCUGUCAGACAGAGACUAGUUAGAGGAAUAUCACCUAUCAGACAGACUAGUUAGAUGAAUACCACCUGUCAGACAGACUAGUUAGAGGAGAGGAAUAUCACCUGUCAGACAGAGACUAGUUAGAGGAGAGGAAUAUCACCUGUCAGACAGAGACUAGUUAGAGGAGAUUAAUCAAUGAAUCAAGAUCAAUCUCAACUCAUAAAGCGCCUCCCAUUCGCCAUUCAAAUGCACAGGCUAUAGUCUGCCUACCAGCUGGAGGCAGUACAUUGUAACGUGAGCUGGAGGCAGUAUAAGGUAAUGUGAGCUGGAGACGGUAUAACGUAACGUGAGCUGGAGACGGUAUAACGUAACGUGAGCUGGAGACAGUAUAAUGUAAUGUGAGCUGGAGGCAGUAUAAUGUGAGCUGGAGGCAGUAUAAUGUGAGCUGGAGGCAGUAUAACGUAACGUGAGCUGGAGGCAGUAUAAUGUAAUGUGAGCUGGAGGCAGUAUAAUGUGAGCUGGAGGCAGUAUAAUGUGAGCUGGAGGCAGUAUAACGUAACGUGAGCUGGAGGCAGUAUAACGUAACGUUAGCUGGAGGCAGUAUAAUGUAACGUGAGCUGGAGGCAGUAUAACGUAACGUGAGCUGGAGGCAGUAUAACGUAACGUGAGCUGGAGGCAGUAUAAUGUAACGUGAGCUGGAGACGGUAUAAUGUAACGUGAGCUGGAGACGGUAUAAUGUAACGUGAGCUGGAGGCAGUAUAAUGUAACGUGAGCUGGAGGCAGUAUAACGUAACGUGAGCUGGAGGCAGUAUAACGUAACGUGAGCUGGAGGCAGUAUAAUGUGAGCUGGAGGCAGUAUAACGUAAUGUGAGCUGGAGGCAGUAUAAUGUGAGCUGGAGGCAGUAUAAUGUGAGCUGGAGGCGGUAUAACGUAAUGUGAGCUGGAGGCAGUAUAAUGUAACGUGAGCUGGAGGCAGUAUAACGUAACGUGAGCUGGAGGCAGUAUAACGUAACGUGAGCUGGAGGCAGUAUAACGUAACGUGAGCUGGAGGCAGUAUAACGUAACGUGAGCUGGAGGCAGUAUAACGUAAUGUGAGCUGGAGGCAGUAUAACGUAACGUGAGCUGGAGGCAGUAUAACGUAACGUGAGCUGGAGGCAGUAUAAUGUAACGUGAGCUGGAGGCAGUAUAACGUAACGUGAGCUGGAGGCAGUAUAAUGUAACGUGAGCUGGAGGCAGUAUAACGUAACGUGAGCUGGAGGCAGUAUAAUGUAAUGUGAGCUGGAGACAGUAUAACGUAACGUGAGCUGGAGACAGUAUAACGUAAUGUGAGCUGGAGGCAGUAUAACGUAAUGUGAGCUGGAGACAGUAUAACGUAACGUGAGCUGGAGACAGUAUAACGUAACGUGAGCUGGAGGCAGUAUAAUGUAACGUGAGCUGGAGACAGUAUAACGUAACGUGAGCUGGAGGCGGCAUAACGUGAGCUGGAGGCAGUAUAACGUGAGCUGGAGGCAGUAUAACGUAACGUGAGCUGGAGGCAGUAUAAUGUAACGUGAGCUGGAGGCAGUAUAAUGUAACGUGAGCUGGAGGCAGUAUAAUGUAACGUGAGCUGGAGGCAGUAUAAUGUAACGUGAGCUGGAGGCAGUAUAACGUAACGUGAGCUGGAGGCAGUAUAACGUAAUGUGAGCUGGAGGCAGUAUAACGUAACGUGGAGGCAGUAUAACGUAACGUGAGCUGGAGGCAGUAUAAUGUGAGCUGGAGGCAGUAUAAUGUAACGUGAGCUGGAGACGGUAUAAUGUAACGUGAGCUGGAGGCAGUAUAAUGUAACGUGAGCUGGAGGCAGUAUAAUGUAAUGUGAGCUGGAGGCAGUAUAACGUAAUGUGAGCUGGAGGCAGUAUAAUGUAAUGUGGAGGCAGUAUAAUGUAAUGUGAGCUGGAGGCAGUAUAAUGUAAUGUGAGCUGGAGGCAGUAUAACGUAAUGUGAGCUGGAGGCAGUAUAAUGUGAGCUGGAGGCAGUAUAACGUAACGUGAGCUGGAGGCAGUAUAAUGUGAGCUGGAGGCAGUAUAACGUAAUGUGAGCUGGAGGCAGUAUAAUGUAAUGUGAGCUGGAGGCAGUAUAACGUAAUGUGAGCUGGAGGCAGUAUAAUGUGAGCUGGAGGCAGUAUAAUGUGAGCUGGAGGCAGUAUAACGUAAUGUGAGCUGGAGGCAGUAUAAUGUAACGUGAGCUGGAGGCAGUAUAACGUAACGUGAGCUGGAGGCAGUAUAACGUAACGUGAGCUGGAGGCAGUAUAACGUAACGUGAGCUGGAGGCAGUAUAACGUAACGUGAGCUGGAGGCAGUAUAACGUAACGUGAGCUGGAGGCAGUAUAACGUAACGUGAGCUGGAGGCGGUAUAAUGUAACGUGAGCUGGAGGCAGUAUAACGUAAUGUGAGCUGGAGGCAGUAUAACGUAACGUGAGCUGGAGGCAGUAUAAUGUAACGUGAGCUGGAGGCAGUAUAACGUAAUGUGAGCUGGAGACGGUAUAAUGUAACGUGAGCUGGAGACGGUAUAACGUAACGUGUGCUGGAGGCAGUAUAACGUAACGUGAGCUGGAGACGGUAUAACGUGAGCUGGAGGCGGUAUAAUGUAACGUGAGCUGGAGGCAGUAUAACGUAACGUGUGCUGGGGGCAGUAUAAUGACCAUCCUGGUUAUAUUAUCAACCCAUCCUGGUCAUAAUAUCAACCCAUCCUGGUCAUAUUAUCAACCCAUCCUGGUUAUAUUAUCAACCCAUCCUGGUCAUAUUAUCAACCCAUCCUGGUCAUAUUAUCAACCAUCAACCCAUCCUGGUCAUAUUAACAACCCAUCCUGGUCAUAUUAUCAACCCAUCCUGGUCAUAUUAUCAUCCCAUCCUGGUCAUAUUAUCAACCCAUCCUGGUCAUAUUAACAACCCAUCCUGGUCAUAUUAUCAACCCAUCCUGGUCAUAUUAUCAACCAUCAACCCAUCCUGGUCAUAUUAACAACCCAUCCUGGUCAUAUUAUCAACCAUCAACCCAUCCUGGUCAUAUUAUCAACCCAUCCUGGUCAUAAUAUCAUCCCAUCCUGGUCAUAUUAACAACCCAUCCUGGUCAUAUUAUCAACCCAUCCUGGUCAUAUUAACAACCCAUCCUGGUCAUAUUAUCAACCCAUCCUGGUCAUAUUAUCAACCCAUCCUGGUCAUAUUAUCAACCCAUCCUGGUCAUAUUAUCAACCCAUCCUGGUCAUAUUAUCAACCCAUCCUAGUCAUCAUCAACCCAUCCUGGUCAUAUUAUCAACCCAUCCUAGUCAUCAUCAACCCAUCCUGGUCAUAUUAUCACAACCCAUCCUGGUCAUAUUAUCACAACCCAUCCUGGUCAUAUUAUCAACCCAUCCUGGUCGUAUUAACAACCCAUCCUGGUCAUAUUAUCACAACCCAUCCUGGUCAUAUUAUCACAACCCAUCCAGGUCAUAUUAUCAACCCAUCCUGGUCAUAUUAUCACAACCCAUCCUGGUCGUAUUAACAACCCAUCCUGGUCGUAUUAACAACCCAUCCAACCCAUCCUGGUCAUAUUAUCACAACCCAUCCUGGUCAUAUUAUCAACCCAUCCUAGUCAUCAUCAACCCAUCCUGGUCAUAUUAACAACCCAUCCUGGUCAUAUUAUCACAACCCAUCCUGGUCAUAUUAUCACAACCCAUCCUGGUCAUAUUAUCAACCCAUCCUGGUCAUAUUAACAACCCAUCCUGGUCAUAUUAUCACAACCCAUCCUGGUCAUAUUAUCAACCCAUCCUAGUCAUCAUCAACCCAUCCUGGUCAUAUUAACAACCCAUCCAACCCAUCCUGGUCAUAUUAUCACAACCCAUCCUGGUCAUAUCAUUAACCCAUCCUGGUCAUAUUAACAACCCAUCCUGGUCAUAUUAUCAACCCAUCCAACCCAUCCUGGUCAUAUUAUCAACCCAUCCAACCCAUCCUGGUCAUAUUAUCAACCCAUCCAACCCAUCCUGGUCAUAUUAUCAACCCAUCCAACCCAUCCUGGUCAUAUUAUCAACCCAUCCUGGUCAUAUUAUCAACCCAUCCAACCCAUCCUGGUCGUAUUAACAACCCAUCCUGGUCAUAUUAUCAACCCAUCCUGGUCAUAUUAUCAACCCAUCCUGGUCAUAUUAUCAACCCAUCCUGGUCAUAUUAACAACCCAUCCUGGUCAUAUUAUCAACCCAUCCAACCCAUCCUGGUCAUAUUAUCAACCCAUCCAACCCAUCCUGGUCGUAUUAUCAACCCAUCCUGGUCAUAUUAUCAACCCAUCCUGGUCAUAUUAACAACCCAUCCUGGUCAUAUUAUCAACCCAUCCAACCCAUCCUGGUCAUAUUAUCAACCCAUCCAACCCAUCCUGGUCGUAUUAUCAACCCAUCCUGGUCAUAUUAUCAACCCAUCCAACCCAUCCUGGUCGUAUUAACAACCCAUCCUAGUUGUUGCUAUUAGAUUCCUCCCCUUUCUAAGUUUCUAAUGGAGAUGUUUAUCUCUGUCACGUCUGGAAUCUCUCCCGUCAGGUGUGCUGAUUAGAAUUGUGGUUCCCCAGUGAAUUGCAUUCUGGUAAAUGUUUGAAAAUUAGGUUUUUAUUAUCUGUUUAAUUCCAGGAGUUGUUCAAUAUAUCCUUUUGACUGUAAGACGAUAAGCAUCCGGUCAUGUAUAUACAGAUCUCUGAUUGUUUUUGCUGUUGGUCACGUCAUUUUAAUGUUUGGAAAGUGUGUCAGUUAAUGAGGAUCAGUUAGUUGACAGCAAAAUCUGAUCUGAUCUCAUCCGAUCUGAUCUGAUCUGAUCUCAUCCGAUCUGAUCUGAUCUGAUCUCAUCCGAUCUCAUCUGAUCUCAUCUGAUCUCAUCUGAUCUCAUCUGAUCUCAUCUGAUCUCAUCUCAUCCGAUCUGAUCUGAUCUGAUCUGAUCUGAUCUCAUCCGAUCUCAUCUGAUCUGAUCUGAUCUCAUCUGAUCUCAUCUCAUCUGAUCUCAUCUGAUCUGAUCUCAUCUGAUCUGAUCUGAUCUGAUCUCAUCCGAUCUCAUCUGAUCUGAUCUGAUCUCAUCUCAUCUCAUCUCAUCUCAUCUGAUCUGAUCUGAUCUCAUCUCAUCUCAUCUGAUCUGAUCUCAUCUCAUCUGAUCUCAUCUCAUCUGAUCUGAUCUCAUCUGAUCUAUUUUACACCGUGUCUUAUAUUGACAUGUACUACUUGUUAUUAUUAUUAGGGUGUCAGGUAGCCUAGUGGUUAGAUGGUAGGGACGGCAGGUAGCCUAGUGGUUAGAUGGUAGGGGCGGUAGGUAGCCUAGUGGUUAGAUGGUAGGGGCGGUAGGUAGCCUAGUGGUUAGAUGGUAGGGGCGGCAGGUAGCCUAGUGGUUAGAUGGGAGGGGCGGCAGGUAGCCUAGUGGUUAGAUGGUAGGGACGGCAGGUAGUCUAGUGGUUAGAGCGUAGAGGCGGCAGGUAGCCUAGUGGUUAGAGUGGAGGGGCGGCAGGUAGCCUAGUGGUUAGAGCGUUGGACUAGUAACCAGCAGGUAGCCUAGUGGUUAGAGCGUUGGACUUGUAACCAGCAGGUAGCCUAGUGGUUAGAGCGUUGGACUUGUAACCAGCAGGUAGCCUAGUGGUUAGAGCAGUGGACUAGUAACCAGCAGGUAGCCUAGUGGUUAGAGCGUUGGACUAGUAACCAGCAGGUAGCCUAGUGGUUAGAGCGUUGGACUAGUAACCAGCAGGUAGCCUAGUGGUUAGAGCGUUGGGACUAGUAACCAGCAGGUAGCCUAGUGGUUAGAGUGUUGGACUAGUAACCAGCAGGUAGCCUAGUGGUUAGAGUGUUGGACUAGUAACCAGCAGGUAGCCUAGUGGUUAGAGCGUUAGACUUGUAACCAGCAGGUAGCCUAGUGGUUAGAGCGUUGGACUAGUAACCAGCAGGUAGCCUAGUGGUUAGAGCGUUGGACUAGUAACCAGCAGGUAGCCUAGUGGUUAGAGCGUUGGACUAGUAACCAGCAGGUAGCCUAGUGGUUAGAGCGUUGGACUUGUAACCAGCAGGUAGCCUAGUGGUUAGAGUGUUGGACUAGUAACCAGCAGGGAGCCUAGUGGUUAGAGCGUUGGACUAGUAACCAGCAGGUAGCCUAGUGGUUAGAGCGUUGGACUAGUAACCAGCAGGUAGCCUAGUGGUUAGAGCGUUGGACUAGUAACCAGCAGGUAGCCUAGUGGUUAGAGCGUUGGACUAGUAACCAGCAGGUAGCCUAGUGGUUAGAGCGUUGGACUAGUAACCAGCAGGUAGCCUAGUGGUUAGAGCGUUGGACUUGUAACCGAAAGGUCAGCGGAGGUCAGCGGAGUCAAUCACCACCUUCCGGAAACACCUGAAACACCACCUCUUUAAUGAAUACCUAGGAUAGGAUACAGUAAUCCUUCUAACCCCCCCCCCCCCCCCUUAAAAGAUUUAGAUGCACUAUUGUAAAGUGGUUGUUCCACUGGAUGUCAUUAGGUGAAUGCACCAACUUGUAAGUCGCUCUGGAUAAGAGCGUAUGCUAAAUGACUUAAAUGUAAAUGUAAAUGUAAGAUCGAAUCCCUGAGCAGACAAGGUAAAAAUCUGUUGUUCUGCCCCCUGAACAAGGCACGGCCUGUUCCUAGGCCGUCAUUGAAAAUAAGAAUUUGUUCUUAACUGACUUGCCUAGUUAAACAAAGAAUGAUCUAAAGUCAAUAAGGAGGGAUAUCCCUCUUACUUAUUUUUAUUGAGUCGCGAUGAUGACAACAUCACUUGUUUAAGACCUUUGCCUUUACAUGGAGUUUAAAAGAAAUGGGCCAGUCAGGAUGAUGACCCUACUUUGAUGACCCAAACUGAUCCGUUCCAGAUUAGAACAGGAGUUAGACGAAGGGGGUAUGACCCAAACUGAUCCGUUCCAGAUUAGAACAGGAGUUAGACGAAGGGGGUAUGACCCAAACUGAACCGUUUCAGAUUAGAACUGGAGUUAGACGAAGGGGGUAUGACCCAAACUGAUCCGUUCCAGAUUAGAACAGGAGUUAGACGAAGGGGGUAUGACCCAAACUGAACCGUUUCAGAUUAUAACAGGAGUUAGACGAAGGGGGUAUGAACCAAACUGAUCCGUUUCAGAUUAUAACAGGAGUUAGACGAAGGGGGUAUGACCCAAACUGAACCGUUUCAGAUUAGAACUGGAGUUAGACGAAGGGGGUAUGACCCAAACUGAACCGUUUCAGAUUAGAACAGGAGUUAGACGAAGGGGGUAUGACCCAAACUGAACCGUUUCAGAUUAUAACAGGAGUUAGACGAAGGGGGUAUGAACCAAACUGAUCCGUUUCAGAUUAUAACAGGAGUUAGACGAAGGGGGUAUGACCCAAACUGAACCGUUUCAGAUUAGAACUGGAGUUAGACGAAGGGGGUAUGACCCAAACUGAUCCGUUCCAGAUUAUAGCAGGAGUUAGACGAAGGGGGUAUGACCCAAACUGAUGGAAUGUAGUUACACCAGUCAGCACACUGUCUCUACUCAAACACAGGACUGUGUUCGGCAGGGCACACCGACGCAAACCUUUUUCAAACGGACAACGAAAACAAAAAAAGCAUGUUUUUUUUGUUGGACGUUUCACUCUGUUUCAGAGUAUUAUCUAAUGUUAGGUGCCAAGUGAACGACCCAGCAGCUCUGCUGUUUGGACAGAAGGCGCCAACAGACCUGAGAAAAGACCAAGGACACAAUAAGGGAAAAGAGUUCGAUAUAACUAAUGACUAUAAGAGACUCUAUGCAAUACCUGGGCUCUAUUAGAGCUCGGUAUGACUAGUGACUAUAAGAGACUCUAUGCAGUACCUGGGCUCUAUUAGAGCUCGGUAUGACUAAUGACUAUAAGAGACUCUAUGCAAUACCUGGGCUCUAUUAGAGCUCGGUAUGACUAGUGACUAUAAGAGACUCUAUGCAGUACCUGGGCUCUAUUAGAGCUCGGUAUGACUAGUGACUAUAAGAGACUCUAUGCAGUACCUGGGCUCUAUUAGAGCUCGGUAUGACUAAUGACUAUAAGAGACUCUAUGCAGUACCUGGGCUCUAUUAGAGCUCGGUAUGACUAGUGACUAUAAGAGACUCUAUGCAGUACCUGGGCUCUAUUAGAGCUCGGUAUGACUAUAAGAGACUCUAUGCAGUACCUGGGCUCUAUUAGAGCUCGGUAUGACUAGUGACUAUAAGAGACUCUAUGCAGUACCUGGGCUCUAUUAGAGCUCGGUAUGACUAGUGACUAUAAGAGACUCUAUGCAGUACCUGGGCUCUAUUAGAGCUCGGUGUGACUAGUGACUAUAAGAGACUCUUUGCAGUACCUGGGCUCUAUUAGAGCUCGGUAUGACUAGUGACUAUAAGAGACUCUAUGCAAUACCUGGGCUCUAUUAGAGCUCGGUAUGACUAGUGACUAUAAGAGACUCUAUGCAAUACCUGGGCUCUAUUAGAGCUCGGUAUGACUAGUGACUAUAAGAGACUCUAUGCAGUACCUGGGCUCUAUUAGAGCUCGGUGUGACUAGUGACUAUAAGAGACUCUUUGCAGUACCUGGGCUCUAUUAGAGCUCGGUAUGACUAGUGACUAUAAGAGACUCUAUGCAAUACCUGGGCUCUAUUAGAGCUCGGUAUGACUAGUGACUAUAAGAGACUCUAUGCAAUACCUGGGCUCUAUUAGAGCUCGGUAUGACUAGUGACUAUAAGAGACUCUAUGCAAUGCAUGUGCCAACCAAUGCAGUAUUCAUUCUGAACCAAUUGUACUAUUUCUUUGUACCUCUUUCUAUAGGUCAACUUGUUUUGCUAAUAUUUAUUAAUAACAUGACAAUACCUUGCUAUUACAGUAUUUAAAAUGUACCACGGACACUUCAUUCUGUCUUACUAGCAAACAAUCAGCAUGACUCUGAAAUAUACAAUGAGAUUCAACGGGAAUACAUAUCACAUGUCACCAGUUAUUACUGCACCUGACUGCAAUAAAAUAAAAUACUUUACAUGAAUGAACAGAUGGGAUAAAUAUUGAAAAUAGACAUGUUUUUUUGUUAUUAGCCUAGUAUGAAUGUGUUUUUUUAUUAUUAUUACACACGUUGGUCAAUACUGAAAUCAAAGAAAGUGCCAGUGAAUGAUAUGGAUGGUUCACUGCAUACAGUAUAUGCUUUAACUGUAGAUGAAAUUAAGUAAAUUAUGGUCUGGAUUUAAAAUAAAUAUAAACGCUUACAAUGUUUACUAAUUUUUGGAAUUUCUGUGUCUUUAAUUACUUUCAAUAAAAUGCUAAAUCAGUUGGA